AUGGGGAUCUGGGGCAAGGGAGAAAGUAGCUUUGUCCUGCAGCUGGCGGGCCAGGCCAGACUGUCCCCAGGGGCUAGAGGAGGAGCUAGCAGCCACGGGCACAGAGAAGCCUCUGUGAGAGAAAGCGCCCAGCUGGCGGGAGCCACUCAUCCUCCUGGGGCCCUCCUGGUGCAAGAAAACGGAGAAGGGCCCCCGAGUCCCGGUGCCUAUGGCCAAGAGGACUUGUCGGAGGACCUAGGGGACUGGAGAGAAGAGGCAGGAGCCCCCCUUCUUAUCCUCAAGGCUCCCUGGUGCAAGUUUCUGGGAGUUGCACUUAUGCCCCCAGGGAAGCUGACCUACAACCUGCCCUUGUGGCCCCUGUGGAGGCCCUCUGCGGGGCUCACAUUUCAGUGGCACCAGGAGCCCUCAGAACACUGGCUUAUGGCUGGGUCACACAAGCCAGAGGUUCUGCAGAAGCUGGGGCUCCCCACCAGCCCGGUGCCUCGGCCCAGUGCAGAUGAGGGUACAGCGGCAUGCAGGACCCUGGAGGUAGGCUCAGGGGAUGCUCGGCGGGGCCCCCGUGCGCGAGGCGAGCAUCGUCGCAGGCACACCAUCACCAACGGGGCGGACUGUGGCCUGCUGCAGCAGGCAGCGGAGCUGGAGCAGGAGGAGGAGGUGCUGCUGCGGGGCCUGGAGAUGAUGGCGCAGGGCCGUGACUGGUACCAGCAGCAGCUGCGGCGGGUGCAGGAGCGCCGACACCGUCUGGCCCAGGGCCGCACCAGCACCGACUUGGAGGCUGCAGGGAGCCCCCGCCCACUGGGGUGCCUACUGCCCAAGGUCCAAGAGGUGGCCCGGUGCCUGGGGGAGCUGCUGGCCGCAGCCUGCACUGGCACGGCUCUGCCCUCGGCCUCCGUGGGGCCCCAGUGCCCUGCCCCGGCUCCUGGCCCACCCUCGGCGCCUGGCUGGCAGCACCAGACGGUCCUCAUGCUGAAGGAGCACAACCGGCUCCUCACCCAGGAGGUGACCGCCAAGAGCGCGCGCAUCGCCCAGCUGCAGCGGGAGAAGGCCACCCUCAUCCAGCAGCUGUUCGAGGCGCGUGCCCUCAGCCAGCAGGACGCCGGCGCGCGCAUCGCCCAGCUGCAGCGGGAGAAGGCCACCCUCAUCCAGCAGCUGUUCGAGGCGCGUGCCCUCAGCCAGCAGGACGCCGGGCCUCUGGACUCCACCUUCAUCUAG